UGGUGAAUUGACAUCUCUCUCCAUUUUUAUAAAUUGGAAUAACUUUUGCUAUUUUCAUUUUUGAGGGGAACAUACCAGUUCGAAAAGACAAAUUACAAAUAUAUGUGAAAGGUUGCACUAUAUAUUCUAUAAUACUUUUAACUAAUAUCAUGUCAAUACCAAAACAGUCAGUGGACUUUUUAUUUUUAAAUGUUUUCACAAUGUUAAUUAUUUCUCUAUGAGUUACAGCACCAAUAAACAAGGAGGACACAUUCGGAGUAAUUUGUUUUCUUAGAUCAUUGUUAUUUCUUGACUCCGGAAUUUCUUUUGCUAAAUUACUACCAACAUUUACAAAAAAAUCAUUAAAUUCAUUUGCAAUAUCUUUAAUUUUAUCAAAUACAAUAUCUUUAUCCUUUUUAAAGUAGUCUGGAUAAUUCGUAUUUCUUGAGCCCUUUCUAAUUAUACUAUUUAAUAAUCUCCAUGUUUCUUGUGUGUUACCUCUAUUUUGCUCCAAUAAUGUGUGGUAAUAUUCUUUCUUACUUGUUCUUAUAAUAUUUACUAAUCUUUUUUUAUAUGUCUUGUACAUUGUUUCAGCAUUUUUUGUCCUCUGUUUUAUGAAUCUCUUAUAUAGAUUAUUUUUCUUUUUACAUGCAUCUUCUAUCCCCUUUGUGAUCCAUGGCUUAUUUGAUUUGUGAUGUUUUCUAGUGAUUUUCAUUAAAGGACAAUGUUUUUCAUAUAAUGAAAUUAUGGCUGACAGGAAUGCAUCAUAUGCACUAUCUAAAUCUUCCGUUUCAAAGACCUCAUUCCAAUUUUGUUCUUUUAAGUCCACUUGGAAGGCAGCAAUGGCUCUUCUUGUUCUAAGUCGUAUCAUGUCAAAUAUUUGAUUCUUUUGUUUAGUUUUAAUCCCAAAAUAAUCUCGAAAAAUUGCAAAAACAGGAAGAUGAUCGCUUAUAUCAGUUAUAAGAAGUCCACUUCUUAUUUCAUAGUCAAUUUUAUUUGUGAAUAUAUUAUCUAUCAAUGUAGCUGUAUCAAUUGUUUUUCUACUUGGUCUUAUAAUUACAGGGAAAAGGCUGUUACUAUACAUUGUAUUAAUGAAAUCUGUUGUUUUCUUAUGUCCAUUUGGAUUUAGCAAAUCUAUAUUAAAAUCACCACAAAUUAUUUGCACUUUUUUAUCAUUUAGAUUGCUAAACAUAGCAGCAAGUUUUUCAUUAAAAGUGUCAAGGCAUGAUCCUGGUGUCCUAUAGAUACAACUUACAAUUAUAUUACUAGCUUUUUCAACAUGGAUUUCAAUAGUAACACAUUCUAAUACGUUAUCUAUGGUACUUGACCUACAUUCAAUCAGACUACAUUUCAAAACAUUAUCCACAUAUAAAGCAACACCGCCUCCCUUUUUAUUCACCCUAUUCAUUAUAAAUAAUUGAUAUCCUUCCAAUUCCAUUUCACUAACUUUCUCAUUAUCAAGCCAUGUUUCUGAUAUUGCAAUUAUAUUAAACUUAUGUAACUCACUUAAACAUUCUGUAAUUUUAGAAAAAAUUUUAUACAGGCUUCUACUAUUGAAAUGUAUAACCGACAACGCAUUUGCCAUUUUAAUAUUCAUAUUGAAUUGGUCGUCUGUAUAAUACUCACAAGUAUUAUUAUUGUUUAUGUAGAAGUGGUUAUCUGGAUCAAUGUUUCUUUCAGGGUCAUACAUAUUGUACUCUGCAUAGUUAAACAUUUUGAAAUUCAUUUUCUCAGCAUGUGCAGCAAAAUAACCACCUUGACAGUCAGAGUCCUUUUCAUAAUCAAAGUCUUCCUCUUCAAUAUCUCUGAAUGGAAACCUAUAAUCUGUAUCCACACUUGUCAUUUAUAUAUUUUUGUUGUUGUUGUUUUUUUGUUGUUGUUUUUCCAUUGUUUUUUAAGCAUAAGGCCAAAAAACACUUUCCAUACCCAUUGUUCAUUGCAAAUCAUCACUUUUCCCGUAGAUUCGAUAGUAGAUUCCUGAUUAUUCAUAUUGCUCUAGAUCUUUAAGUUCUCUUAUCAUUACAACUUUUGCUUGUUCGGGAGUGCCAUUUAAUCUUAUCAUUACUUUGCAAUUCCUCGUCCAUGUCGCUUGUAUCUUAUUUUGUUUUUUCAGGCUGCGUGCCUGUCUUGCAAUUUCAGCAGUCUUUUUCGUUAAAUGUUCAUUUAAAUACACACCGGUCCCUUUUAGCUUCUUUCCUUGUUUCAGUAACUCAAUCUUUGUUUUACGACUCACAAACCGAAGAAUAAUUACUGGCUUUGUCUUUCUAUCUUUUCUGGGAAGCGUAUGGCAUGCUGCGAUGUGAUGGCUCUGAAUACUUACAUUCUUCGUUUGAAGGAAUUUUAUCACUUGCUGUUCAAGCGUUUGCAGCUCCUCUACCAGGACUUCUUCACCAUCUUUACCUCCACCAGCUGCUACUCUGGCGUAGGUUCGGUGUUGCGUCUCGAGUCCACUUAUGACUAAAUCAUCCAUUCUUGUGUAUUGUUCAAAGUCCUCGAUUCGCCGUUCCAGGUUGUCUAUUUUCUUGUCCUUCUCCUUUAUCAAAUUUUUUAGUUGUUUUAUCUCCUCCAUUAGGUCAUGUAGCAUACCUUGUUGUUUAGCCACUUUACUCAGUUCAUCAGACAUGAAAUUAAGCGAUUUCCUAAUCUCCUCCAACUCCUCUUCCACUCCUGGGUUUGCUUUUUUGGGCAGCAUUUUGAAAAAAUAGUGAGAUUGGUGUUGUUGCUAUUACCUGUUAACUUUAGUUAACUUUAGUUAGCAAAAAAUGUUUUCUUCAAUUCCUGCACCAUCUGCCAUCUUGAUGACGUCAUGAACGUGAGUUUAUACGCGUUAAAACGUGUAGUUCACACCAUAACAGCCUUUUGGUACUAUAUAGAUAUUAGCUACAGAUUAGGAUCCGUUCAAAGUAUACGUGAGUCAGUCAAACAGUUCAAAAGUUGGAUCGAUCGUUAUCGUUGGGGCCCGUUCGUAGGUGCACAUUAAGCAGAUGAUGAAUUCCAAUGUUAAUCCCACAUGAAAAAUGAAUCCACUUACUGUACUUGCUCAGAUGAGUCAAAUGAACCAAUCAUUUAUUCACCCAACACCACGAAGACUCAGCGCCCCUCACGAGCUGUCUUGAAGUCCUAGAUGAAUCCAGCCGAUCCACUUUGAAAUGAAGAAAUGCACGAUCUGUCCCGUUUUGCUGCACUUCUGAAGAAUUCGGUGGUGAUGAUGUUUUAUCAGCAGUUCUCCAUCCUUAAGAACAACUGUCUCUCCAGCCUCUAGGCCUUCGCGUUCCACACACCCCCCGUCGUAACUAAGUGAGGACUCAAUACUGCGAAUACUAAUGUGGAGAAACAAAAUUAACUGCACUUAAAAUCAGGGCUCUGAACCGGUUCAAGGAACGAAAGUGAAAAACGAAAACAAAUGACAUUGAACAGGAACAAAAAUGAAAACAAAAUCAAUUUUAAUCGUUCUGAACAGAAACGGAAACAGAAAUUCCAAAUGAACCGGUUAAUAACGGUAUUUUUAUCGUUCUCUUUAUUAUAUCAAUUUGGCAGACCAAAAACAUGAAUUCAAAUUGUGUGUGCAAAUGCGACGGUGACGCAUACAACAUGAAAUGCCCGCGAAGCAGACGUCAUAAGCAGAGCCCUUUCUGAUGCGACGAGCUUAAGGUUACCAAGCACCUGGCUGUUUCAUGUGCAAAGAUGGGUCGCCAUAAAGAAAAUCCCUUUCGUCAAUUUUUUUCAUAUGACAAAUCGUCUGAUAAAUCGAUCUGUAAUAUUGAAGGAUGCGGGGCAGAAAUAGCUGGGAAUCAUGGCGGUAACCUGCAGAGACACAUUCAACGUAAACAUCCAACGAAAUAUGUUGAUUCGACCAGCAAUAAAAGGUCAGCAGCUGAUGGACAAACGACUCUAGACGCGGUCGUAGUGAAAAAGCCAAAGACAACAGGCCUACAUGUUCAAAUGUCUCCAGAAUGUCUAAAAGAUGCGUGCAUAGAGCUUGUGACGGUCAACGGGGGACCAUUAAUGGAAGACAUUGGCUUUAGAAAAAUUAUCGAGCCACUACAAAACGCUAUGGGAAAUAAUUUCGUCAUCAACUCCUCAAAUAUCCGUGACAUGGUGUCAAGUGUUGCUCAGGAGGGCAGAGAAGAACUGAAAAACGACUUAAAAGGCAGGCUACUAAUGCUUAAAAUUGAUUCUGCCACAUGCAGAGACCGAUCAGUUCUGGGCGUAAAUGUACAAUACACUGACGGAGAAAAAAUUGUUCUGCGCACUUUGGCCGUAAGAGAGCUCAAUGACAGACACACGGCCGAAUACAUUUCAUCCGUCGUGCAAGAUGUCUUACACGAAUAUGAUGUUGAAUUACGGCAAGUUUAUUCAAUAACUUCGGAUAAUGGCGCUAAUAUGAUAAAGGCAGUGUCUUUACUAUCUGACAUACAAGAGGACACCAUGUGUAAUGAGGUAAAUGAGGCUGAUACCAUGGAUAAAGAAGAGGAUGGGGAUGAGAAUGAUAUCCAAGACGAAAGUCAGGAAUUGGAACCGGAUUUGGCCAUCGAACUUGAUUCUGUGAUGCAAGAACAUGUGUUGCGCAGUGUGCGGUGUUCAGCUCAUACUUUGCAGUUGGCAGUUGAUGAUGCAUUAAAAGAGCAACCGUCAACAAAUUUGCUUUCUAAAGCAAGACGUGUUGCGAAAAAGUUACGCACACAGAACGUAGUUGUUCUUCUAAAAAGGAUGGGGCUAAAGAGAACCAUUGUGGACUGCCCAACGCACUGGCAUUCAACACACGAUAUGCUAGAGCGGCUUUUGGAGCUCAAGAAUUUUUGCCAGGACAUGUCACCAAAUAUUAAAGAAAUAAAUUUAAGUGGAAACGAAUGGGAAGCAAUAGCCAACUUGGUAAGCGCUUUAAAACCAGCGAAAGUUGCUACGAAAAGCCUUCAGUCGGAACAGCUCACCGCCGGCGACUUCUACGGUGUUUGGCUUCAUUGCGUCUUGUGCACCGACAGAAUUGACAAUCUUUUUGCAAAACGACUGGUUCAAUGUCUUAAGUCACGACAAACAGCGCUUUUUGACAAUGAUGCCUUUGUGGCUGCUUUAUUUCUCGAUCCGAGAUACAGGUUUUUCCUCAGCGAUCUUCAAUCCGAAAGGGCAAAAAUUCACUUAAGUCGUGCCUGGGAUGCCAUUCAAAAUUUGUCGGCAAACAACAACACUGUACAAUGUAGUCCAUCGCAGGCAUCCAACGAUGAUGACGAGAUCGAACAGCUGCUGAUUGCAAAAGAAAAAGAAAUCACAACUGUAAAACAUACUCGAGUGUCAAUCUCAUUUGCUUUGGAUAUGUAUUCGAGAGAACCCCAUCUUAAGAGAAGUGAGUGUCUUUUUAAGUACUGGGCAAGCGUUGCUACCACUAAGCCAGAUUUGCACAAACUUGCUAUGAAUGUAAUUGCGCUACCUGUAACGCAAGUAAGUGUUGAGCGUGCAUUUUCAUGCCUCAAGUACAUUCUUUUCCCUCUUUUUCUUUUUUCAUCAAUGAAUGCACAGGUCCUAGAGGACAUUCUCUUUGUACGAUUAAACUAAAAGUAUGGACUUUAAGUAGGCCAUAGAAUGACUGCAUUUUUUUUUUUUUUUUAUAAAAUAUUAAUUUUGCUGAAGCCUUUCCAGUCCUAGAGGACAUUCUCUUUGUACAUUUAAACCCAAAGUAUAUGGACUUUAAGUAGGCUAUAGAUUGACUUUUUUUUAUAUAAAAUAUUUUGCUGAAGCCCAUCCAGUUUUUCCAGUAGACUAUUUGGUAUAUUAUAAUUUAAGUUGUUGAUCUGUUGUGUUAAAUGUUAAAAAAAAAUCUGUUGUUGUUUUAUAAUGUUACAAUGCAUUACGUUUUCUUUUACUUUUAUGCAUUAAAUGUAAAAUCAUAACUAUCUGGAGUUCUGUUUUGUUUGAGAGAAAAUAGCCUACAAUAGGCUAUUAUGCAUAUUAGGUAAGGAAUAAGUCAACAGGUUUUUAUCGCAGAUUAAGCCGUGUGGUCAGGAUGUUAAGCGGAUGGUCUUGAAGGGGCUUAUUUCGCUAUAGUAUUAUCAAACAAGAAAAUUGUUUUUUAAAAAUUAUUAGCGCAUUUGUAACGAGUUUCCAGGUGAACUCGUUUACUUUCGGUUUUAAAGACAAGAAGUUCAAAUGACACGAACACGGAAUUUGGUUUAAUCAUUUGUAAACAUAAUGCCAAGCAUGUUAUUAAAAGGCACACACUAUCUAUCUAUCGCACCGUGUAAUAAAAUAACGUUUAUUAACCGGUAGUUUUUCUAGAAAACCUUUUCGGAAUGUAUUGUUUAAUGAGGAACGCAAGAACAGAAACGUUAUAAUAUCGAUUCUGCUCGGAGUGAACCGAAUGGAUUUUUUUUUUCGUUUUUAAGCCCUGCUUAAAAUAAACCCCGGGAAAGAAAACACAAAACAAGUGUCGUCACUCUACACUUGGGCCUUAUAUUACAUUAAAUAUACUAGUCUCCAAACAGAUGACGCACUCUUUUUUUCCCGGUAAAAAAAACCGGCCGAUAUCUCUGGCAGCACACACGCUUACCACGCUCCACCCCUUCCUCAUCACGUGACUACGUCAUGGCGCAACCUCAAGCUCAACAUUGAUUGGCUGGCAUUAGUACACCUAUACUGAAUAUUUAAAACAAACAAAAAUUUACUUUUGGGGUUCCUACACUUCUGUCUGUCAUACCUUUCAAAUAAUCUGUUAGCAUGAAGGGGGCGUCUGAUGGUUUUUUCAGAGAUGUGGUAACCCCAAGAUUUUACUUGGUCUUGUAAUUCACCAACAGUCAUCUUUGGGGAUUUUUUGUCUCUCUUAUGAUCCUCCUCACUGUAUGUGGGGGCUAAAUAAACUUGG